CAAAUGUGUAAGCGCUUUUGCAAAAUGCUCCACUGCGCUACAUACAUACGUAGAUUUAUAUGAAAAACUUACUCAAAUCUGCUGGUUAGCGCAUAAAGUUUCUGAGCAACACAAUUGUUUAUAAUUUUACAGUCCAUUAUUUGCGUUAAAUUAAAAGCUUAUUUUGUUAUUGUGUAGCAAAUCAAAACGUACAUUUAUGAAUGUCGGUCGUACAUACCGUUUUUGCGGUGGUGCUCCAGGGUUGCGCAUGGAAGUGUGCGAAUACCUUAGCAAGUCAGUCAUUAUCGAUUUUUUGUUUUCAUGCCAUUCUGGCUGUAACUUCUGUGCGCUUCAGCUGUCGCUUAGUCGGUGGUUGGUUGAUAGGUCGGAAAUUUUCUGUCUAGCUAAUGUGCGCGGGCGGUCAGAUAUUACCUGCAGAAUCUUCGUCUAGCUGCUUUCGCGUUGUUACGUCAAUAAUGACACUAAUUUGCAGCUACGCAUUGCUGGGCGCGCUAAACUACUAUUCGAGCAAAACAACCGGCAACAAUUUUUUUGUUCACAUUUCCCCCCAACAAUGAAAAUACCUAGCAAAAUUUGAAAAAAAAAAAAUCCAAAAAAAAGUUGAAACACGUUUACACACAAUAUUGAUAUUAAUAUAUUGUACGUAUACUACAAUACAUAUAUACAUAAAUAUAUAUCCAACCUACACAAUUGUAUAAAGUGACAAAACAAAAAAAAAAAACAAAAGAAGCAAAUUAAAAAAAAAUUAAAAAAAUAAUUAAAAAAAAAAUCAACUAAUCAAAGUAAUCUGCAGUUAAGCUGAAAGUUCUCAUCCUCCCAGUAAACAUAUAUAAUACCACCAAUCAAUCCUACCACCACCACUCUACCACUAUUCAACUUCAAUUCGACUAAAUUCAAAGAUAGAAUUUGCAUAAAACUCAAGUCAUGCUAAACAACGCUACAAAUUGUUCGCCGCAUCCUUUACUACUACCAACACCAGAUCAUCCAAAUAUGAAUGGCUACAGUCGCAAGUCACCGUCGAAGCGUCGCUAUGAAGGCUCGAAGUAUCCGGUGUUGCCGAAGAAGAAGCCACGUACGGGCAAGGAGCGCAUACCGCAACCGAAGAACACCGUCGCCAUGCUGAAUGAGCUGCGCCAUGGCUUGGUCUAUAAGCUGGAGUCGCAAACCGGUCCGGUGCAUGCACCGUUAUUCACUAUAUCCGUUGAGGUCGAUGGCCAAAAGUAUAUGGGUCAGGGACGCAGCAAGAAGAUCGCACGCAUCGAGGCGGCCGCCACGGCGCUGCGCAGUUUUAUACAAUUCAAAGAUGGCGCCGUACUAACACCACUGAAGCCGACGUGUAAUCUCGAUUUCACAAGCGAUGAACAUCUGGAAAACGGUAUUGUGAAUUAUGAGAACAUAAGCACGGAUAAAUUAGUCCCGCUUUUAGACGCACUGUUCAGGCAUGCGAAAUUUAUUAAAAAACUGACACCCUUCAUGAGGGUAACCGAUUGUGCAUUGAGCAUGACAAAUGUAAAUAAAAGCGCCAUCACUGUGGAUGGUCAGAAGAAAGUGCCGGAUAAGGGACCUGUUAUGCUGCUCUAUGAGCUCUUCAAUGAUGUUCACUUCGAUUGCUCGACUGUAGAUGGCGCGCAGAAUAAUUGUCGCUUCAAAAUGACCGUAACGGUGAAUAACAGCAAGUUCGACGGCACAGGACCCUCCAAGAAGCUGGCCAAAAAUGCCGCCGCCAAAGCCGCACUCGCUUCACUGUGCAACAUCUCAUACAGCCCCAUGAUGCAUCCGCAGAAGAAUGUGCCCCUGCCCAUUGACGACAAGACCUCGUCCAUGGAGUUGCCACAGAUACACGCCGACACCAUCGGUCGUCUGGUACUGGAGAAAUUCAUGGAGGUCAUUAAGGGGCAGGAAUCGUAUUCGCGACGCAAGGUGCUCGCCGGCAUCGUGAUGACCGAAGACAUGAAUUUCAAUGAAGCCAAAGUAAUUUCCGUGUCCACCGGCACGAAGUGCGUGAGUGGCGAGCACAUGAGCGUCACCGGCGCCGUGCUGAACGAUUCGCAUGCCGAGAUCGUGUCACGCCGUUGUCUCAUGAAAUACUUAUAUGCUCAAUUAGAACUACAAUGCAGUCAGACCACUGCAAAUCAGUCGAUUUUCGUGAGGAAUCAAGACAAUGGGCAAUACCCGUACAAACUAAAAUCCGGUGUUCAUUUCCAUUUGUACAUCAAUACAGCGCCUUGUGGUGAUGCACGGAUUUUUAGUCCUCACGAAAAUGACACUGGUGUUGACAAACAUCCAAAUAGAAAGGCGCGUGGUCAAUUGCGUACGAAAAUCGAGUCGGGUGAGGGCACCAUACCGGUCAAAAGCAAAGAAGGACUACAAACAUGGGAUGGCGUACUGCAGGGUGAACGUUUGCUCACGAUGUCCUGCUCCGACAAGAUUGCACGCUGGAACAUCGUUGGCAUACAGGGCUCACUGCUGGCCUCGAUUAUCGAGCCGAUUUAUUUGCAUUCCAUAGUUUUGGGCAGUUUAUUGCAUCCCGAGCACAUGUAUCGUGCCGUCUGCGGCCGAAUAGAGAAAUCCAUACAAGGUCUUCCACCACCCUAUCACUUGAAUAAGCCACGCUUGGCAUUGGUCACAUCGGCUGAGCCGCGCAAUCAAGCUAAAGCACCGAAUUUCGGCAUCAAUUGGACGAUCGGUGAUAGUGAGGUGGAGGUGGUGAAUUCGCUUACCGGCAAAACGGUCAAUAACCAAAUAUCGCGCAUUACCAAGCAGAUGUACUUCAUGAAGUAUGGCUAUUUGAUGAAAAAUUUGCCCGGCAUACCAAAUCGCAAGCUCACAACCGAUUACGGGCAAACAAAGGAGAGGGUUAAGGACUACCAGAUUGCCAAGAAAGAGUUAUUUGCGGCUUUUCGUCGCGAAGAUCUCGGCAGCUGGCUGAAAAAACCAAUGGAACAAGAUCAGUUUGCGCUUCCGGAAUGACUCCAUUGUCAUCCUUAUGUUAUUAUUUAUGUUUGUUUGAGUACCGUGUGUCUGUAAGUGCGUUUGCCGUGUUAUGGAAUAGAGCUGCGCAACAGUAUUAGUACCAGUUUAGAAAACAAAAACAACAAUAUUACUAUACACCUAAGCAAAAACAUUACAUUCAUUUUCAAAACGACAAAUAUUAAUCAUUAACUGCAAAAAUGGCGUGCUUCAGAAUCUCUUACGUAUUAUAUGUAUUAUUGGAUUGGAUUGGUCACUAUAAUUUUGCAUAAUGAAUGUAUGUAUAUAUUUUUUUAGUUAUAUUAUUAUUAUUUUUUUUUUCAACAUAUUUUUUUAUAUAUAAUUUUUUUUAUUUUUUAUAUAUAUUCGUAUAUAAUUUUUACUUGGGUUAAUAAGUUUUCUUUUAUUAAUUGUUAAGGAAAUAUGUGAAUUAAUGCUUUGAAUAAAAUGAAAUUUUUUAUCUUUA